AUGGUCUUAGAAAACCAAUUAGAUCUGAAAAAUUAUCUUAAACUAUUGAGUAAACUACCUACUUGGAAUCCAUUUGCAAAGACUAUUGUUCUAUAUGAGAAACAAAAAAAUGAGUCGAGCGAAAACCUGGCUAAGUUGUUUAUUAACCAACUCCAUGCGAUGAAGUUGCUGAGAGUAAUUGUGCUCCUAUAUUCAGCGUUAGAUGACGAAAUUAUUUCUUACUCUUGGAAUCCAUACAGCGAAACAAAUUGCGGUGGCAAAUGUGAAACAGUAUAUAUUUUAGACAGAUGUAAAGAUAAUCUAAUAAGUCAGAUAGAAGUUCAAAAGGAAAUGUUUCCAUUAGACUUGAGAGGAUGCCCUUUAUUAACAUACGUCGUUAUCUCAGAGCCAUACGUGAUGCCUCCAGUGCGGAAACUAACAAGUGAAUUAUGGAACGACGCCUACGAAUUUCAAAAAGGCGUUGAGAUAAAUUUGGGGGUACGGCAAGCAGCUUACGAAAGGAAUUUUGCGGUGGUUUCUUCGCGAAGACAAGCUAUGUAUAAGGAUCACAUUUUAGGGCGAGGAGAGUCAUUGAUUUACUGUUUUGCUGAAAGCGAUAACCUUUAUAAGUACGGUGUUGCACUUUUAGCUCGGAAUUGGUAUCCUUUGUUGGACCGAUUCAAUAAUAUAAUACGAAGUGUUUCUGAGAAUGGCUUGAUAGAAAAAUGGAGCGAAGAGUUGUUUAACCGUCCGAAAGGCGCUGAAAGGAGCAGUACUAUUGUACCGCUGGGUAUGCAACAUUUACUUGGAGCUUUCUUGCUACUAGGAGUGCUAGAUCUAAUUUGCAUCAUUGUGUUUAUUGGAGAAUUAGUAUAUAAAUUGUUACGGAGGACGGUUGGCACGGAGAGCGGUUAG